AGAUGCAGAGCACCGACUCCGCCUCCGGCGACGCCGUGAAACCACCGCUGCUGCCACCGUCGUCAAUUCCGCCGCCGCAUCCUCGUCUGCCCCCGGGUUUCCGCUUCCACCCCACAGACGAGGAGCUCGUCGUCCACUAUCUCAAGAAGAAGGCUGCCUCCGCCCCCCUCCCCGUCGCCAUCAUCACCGAGGUUGAUCUCUAUAAGUUCGAUCCCUGGGAGCUCCCAGGAAAGACCAGUUUUGGGGAGCAAGAUUGGUACUUCUUUAGCCCUAGGGACCGGAAGUAUCCCAACGGCGGGCGGCCGAACCAGGCGGCGACGUCCGGAUACUGGAAGGCCACCGGCACCGACAAACCGAUACUGACCUCGGACCGGAGCCAGGUCAAGGUUGGCGUCAAGAAGGCCCUCGUCUUCUACCGCGGCAAGCCGCCGAAGGGCGUCAAGACCAACUGGAUCAUGCACGAGUACCGUCUCGUCGACGACCACUACCGCCACAGGAGCAGCGGACCUCCCCAUGUCGCCAACAAGAAGAGGGGCGGAUCGCUCCGGGUAGAACCCCUGGAUGAUUGGGUUUUGUGCCGCAUCUACAAGAAGAGCAACACCGGCGGCAUCGGCGAUAGGCCCUCUUCUAAGGACGGCGGCGCGGGUGCCGCGUCGGGCGGGCAGAUGGAAGAGCUCCGACCGGCGCCGACUAACUACAACGCCCUGAUGGCGAACGACGAGACUUUCUUCGAGGGGCUUCUCGCCGCCGAGGUCGGCCUGGCCGCCAACCCGAUCACCCACCUCGCCGCCGCGCCGCGAACCAAGCUCAACCUCACCUUCCCCUUGCGGCACCCCUUUUUCUCCCCCCCACUGGAACACCGCCUCCCCCGUCAUCCCCGCCGCCGCCGAUGACGGCAGCAACGACGACGACAACAACUCCAGCAGCAGUUGCAGCAAUGGAAGUGCUGCUGCAAACGACGAUUCCGAGCUCAAAAACCGGAUGUUUCUCGACCAGAUUCACCACGGCACAGCGUACCAAAACCCGAUCAUUCAUGGCGCUUCCAUCUUCCACCUGCAUCCAUACCAGCUCCCCAGAUUAAACUGGAGCUCCUAAUCGUUCACCACAAUCAUCCUCGACCAAUUCCAGGCAUCUCAAAAUAGUGCACAUAAUCAAAGUCCAAUUGUUCCAGUCCAUGAACAGAGUGAUCACCAGUGCCAAAGAACAGAACAGAACAAAAAAAUAGUUGCAUUCUUCAA